AUGGCCGCCGACACCAAGACCGCCCAGGCUCCCGUGGCCGAGAAGCCUCAGCAGGCCGUCCGUCCCACCAAGCCCGACGAGGAAGCUUUCAAGAUUGAGCUUGCUCAGGCCGAGAAGGCUCACAAGGCCGCCGCGGAUCGUCUGGCCGCCAUCAAGGCCAAGAUCGACAUCGCCGCCCCCAAGAAGGACCAGGAGACGCCCACGCAGAAGCGCCGCAAGGAGCUGAUUGCCCAGGCCAACGAGAUCCGCACCAAGCAGGCCGGCGGCAAGAACGCCCGCUCCUCCAAGCUCGAGCAGAUCAAGAAGCUCGACGAGCAGGUCCGCAGCCGCCUCGCCGAGCAGAAGAACGCCAAGUCCAAGGUGCCCUUCAAGUCUCUCGAGGACGUCGACCGCCAGAUCGCCACGCUUGAGAAGCAGGUCAACUCGGGCACCAUGCGCCUGGUCGACGAGAAGAAGGCCCUGUCGGACAUCUCCAACCUGCGCAAGGUCCGCAAGAACUUUGGCCAGUUGGACGACUCGCAGCGCCAGAUUGACGAUCUCCGCGCCAAGAUCAAGGACAUCAAGGACACCAUGGACGACCCGGAGCAGAAGGCCAUGUCGGAACAGUACAACAAGAUCCAGGCCGAGAUCGACGCCAUCAAGGCCGAGCAGGACGAGGCCUUCAAGGGCAUCAACGCCCUCCGCGACGAGCGCUCCAAGCUCCAGGCCGAGCAGCAGGAGAAGUGGGUCGCCAUCCGCAAGAUCAAGGACGACUACUACAGCCAGAAGAAGGCCUACCAGGCCUACGACCGCGAGGCCCGCGAACGCCAGCGCGAGAAGCGCAAGGCCGAGCACGACAAGUACGUCCAGGAGCGCAAGAAGGCCGACGCCGAGCGCGUCCUCGCCGAGGCCAGCGACCCGGCCUACCUCGAGGAGAUCCGCCGCGCCAACAGCCUCCUCCUCUUCCUCGACCCUGAGCACAAGGUCGAGAAGGGCCCCCUCGUGGCCGCCUCGGGCCUGACUGCCCAGGCUCAGCGCACCGUCGAUGAGUCCGGCCUGAAGGGCACCAAGCUCGUCCGCAAGGACGACCGCGAGGAGGAGUACCUCCCAGCCGUCAAGAAGGGCAAGAAGGGCAAGAAGGGCGGCGCCGGUGCCGGUGCCGGUGCCUCCAGCGGCGCCAAGGCCUUCAACUGCCCCCCUUCGGUCGUAGAGGACUGCGCCUUCAUGGGCAUCGACCCUCCCAUGAGCCAAGAGGACCUCCCCGCCGUCACCGAGAAGGUCCGCGCCAAGCUCGACUACUGGAAGGGUGACCAGGAGGCCCAGACUCAGCGUAACAUCGAGAAGGCCAAGAAGAAGAUUGAGGAGCUCGAGAAGGAGGAGUCCAACGGCAACGGUGUCGACAAGGUCACCUCUGACCUCAAGGAGACUUCGAUCGAGGACAAGCAGGAUGCUUAA